AUGGCUACUUCAACUUCCUCAGUUGAGGUCUUGAUGGAAAAAUUGAAGUCUUUGUUUGGUGAAAUUGUACAAGAGGAGGCAGUAAGGUUUGAAAGUAAAGUGGAUAACUGGGUAGCUGUUAAGGUUCGUGAGGUUAGUGAUUUUUUUGGGAACAACAAAGAUGAAAAAGGGUUAAGGGUCGCGACCACUAAAUGA